AUGCCUGUUUCGAAAAACAGAAAGACGGAAAAAUCUAUAGGAGAUUUAGAACUGCUAGAAGUUUUGAAAUCUCGCCCAUAUGAUCUUCUGAUUCCAAGUGAAACAUUAAAAAAACAAUCUCUUGAUUCUAUUAAAAAAUCUUUGGAUCCCAUAGCAUCACAUUAUUCUAUUUUCGAUGAAGUUCAUUUAGAGGGAUUAGAUGUGGAGCAAGUUUGGGCCCAGGCUCAGAUGAUUGUUGAGGGUGUUUUAGAUAAAGUAGUUGCAGAAGAAGUACCUCAACUAAUUGAUGAGGGUGUUGUCAAACGAAGCUCUUUUAAAAGCGCCGAAAUGACUGAAAGCGAAGAGGAUGAUGAAGAAGAGGAUGAUGAUGACCAACAAAUUAGCGAAAACGACGAAUCUGAAGAUGGCAUUAACUCGGAAGAAGAUUCCGAACAAGAAGAAAAUGAUGACUUUGAGUUGAAGAAAGAAAAUGUUCCUCAUGGGGAAGAUGAUUCAGAUUUUGAUAUUGAUAUGGAGCACGAUGAUUAUCAGGAAUCGGAUAUGGAACUAGAGAGUGAAAAAGAAAAUGAUAACGACAAGGAUAAUAGCAAGACUAAAGAUGAAAUUGAAGAAGAAGAAAGUGGAGAAGAAGGCGAUGAGGAUAAUGAAGCAGCAAAGGAACUUAAUGAUGAUUUUUUUAAGCUUGAUGCUUUUCAAAAACAGAUUGAAGCUCUUGAAAAGGAUAAUGAAGAAGAUGAUGAGGAUAUCGAUUAUUUCGCAGAUUUAAGCACUAAAGAUCAUGGAAAAGAAGAAGAUGACGGCUUAGAUGCUCUAAAGUAUGAAGAUUUUUUUGCACCACCAAAGAAAAAGAGAGCAUUUAACGACAAGAACAGAAAGAAACCAGAUACUAGAAAAAGUGCGAAAAAACCCAGCACACAAAAAGAAGAAGAGUUUUUUGGUUUUGAUUUAGAUGCAGACGAAAAAGAAUAUGAGAAGGCUAUGGGUUCUAUCCGCAAGGACUUGUUUGAAGAAGAAGAUGAUGAUGAAGAAGAAAAUGGUAAUAAAACCAAGGAAAUUCUUUCUACACUUGAGCAACAACAACGUGACAUAAGGAAUCAGAUUGAGAAGUUUGAACAAGAAAAUGUCGCAUCAAAGUCAUGGGAGCUUUCUGGUGAAGCCAAAGCUAAAGACAGACCAGCAAAUUCUUUGUUAGAAGCCGACUUAGAUUUUGAGCGUUCUCGUAAGCCAGCACCUGUUAUUACCCAAGAGAUUACCGAAACAUUGGAAGAUCUUAUUAAGAAAAGAAUUAAGAAAAAUGAUUUCGAUGAUAUUCCACGAAGACUUCCUGAUACACUUCCCGAAUUUCGACCUAGCAAGCUUGCUGAUGUUCAAGAAACAAAGUCCAAAAAGUCCUUGGGUGAGCUUUACGAAGAAGACUAUCUUAAACAGACAGAUCCUGAUGCAUAUGCUGCUCAGCAAAAUGAACAGUUGGAUGCUGUCCACCAAGAGAUUGUGAAUAUGUUUACUGGUCUAAGCCGUAAGCUUGAUAGUUUAUCAGCAUGGCAUUACACACCAAAAGCACCAACACCAUCUAUCUCAAUUGUUGCAGAAGCUCCCGCUAUUUCUAUGGAAGAUGCACAGCCUACAGCUCUUUCUACAGAUGCCACACUUGCUCCACAGGAAGUAUUUAAAGCUUCUGAAGCCAAGAUGAACAAUCUAGAAGUCAUUGGCCGUGAUGGUCUACCAAUAUCAAGAUCCGAAAUGAGCCGUGAAGACAAGAAGAAGCUCAGAAGAAAGAUUAAGGCCAGAAAAUCCAAGGUUUUCAAAGAGAAGGAGGAGAAGCAAAAGUCUCUUGCUCAAAAGAAGGGCAGUAAGGCUGAUGUUAUGGAAACAUUGAAGAAAGCCAAUGUCACAGUAAUUGACAAGAAGGGCCAAAAGAGAGAUCUAAGUGGUAAAUUAAAAGAUACUGGUAAAAGUAUCAAGCCAACAGAGUUAAGAUUGUAA